UCCCGAGGAGGAAGAUGCGCGCGCUCACAGCCUUCCGCCGACCUUCGCCUGCUUCUCUCGGCCUCACCGACGCGCUGUUGUGGUGACGCCGCCACCGCCGCAGCCGGAGCGCCUCGUCGGCUGCCCGCCGCGGGACUCCCGGGUGCUUCGCCUGCUUUCCAGCGGCUUCGUUAGCCCCCCACCCCCCCGCCGCUGUCAGCCAUAGCCAACGACGCCGCAGCCGCAGCAACAGAAGCAGCCGCAGCAGAACCAGAGCUCCCCCAAGCCCGAGAGCGAGGCAGAUGCCCGUCGCACCGCUGUCAGACCGGCUUCUACUAUGGUGGAGUUCCCGUCCCUAAGCCCUUACUGGCCGCUUCUUCGCUUCCUGGUGCCUUUAGCGAUCACCAAUGUUGCCAUCGACCUCGGCGAGCAGGCGCUCAACAGGGGCAUCGCCACAGUCAAGGAGGACGCGGUGGAGAUGCUGGCCAGCUACGGGCUGGCCUACUCGCUCAUGAAGUUCUUCACGGGCCCCAUGAGCGACUUCAAGAACGUGGGCCUGGUCUUCGUCAACAGCAAGCGGGACCGCCGCAAGGCCGUCACGUGCAUGGCGGCGGCGGGCGCUAUCGCCUUUGUACUGCACAUCUUGAUAGCCUACACGGACCUGGGCUACUACAUCAUUAACAAGCUCCACCAUGUGGACGAUUCUGUGGGUCACAAAACCCGCAAAGCCUUCCUCUACUUGGCCGCUUUCCCAAUACUGGACGCGAUGGCGUGGAUUCACGCCGGGAUUCUCCUCAAGCAUAAGUACAGCGUCAUCGUGGGCUCGGCCUCCAUCUCGGACGUGGUGGCGCAGAUCGUGUUCGUGGCCAUCUUGCUGCACAGCAAUCUGGAGUGCGUGGAGCCCCUCCUCAUCCCCAUUCUCUCGCUCUACAUGGGCGCCCUGGUCCGCUUCAGCAUCGUGGGGCUCGGCUACUACUGCAACAUCCACGACACCAUCCCGGACUCCAGCGGAGCCGACGUCGGGGGCGACUCCACCAUCAAGAAGAUGCUGAGCUUCUGGUGGCCGCUGGCGCUCAUCCUGGCCACCCAGCGCAUCAGCCGGCCCAUCGUCAACCUCUUUGUGUCCAGGGACCUCAAGGGGACCACCGAGGCAACAGAGGCAGUGGCCGUGCUGACGGCGACGUACCCGGUGGGUCACAUGCCCUACGGGUGGCUAACUGAACUGCGAGCCGUGUAUCCCGCCUUCGACAAGAACAACCCCAGCAACAAGCUGAACGCCGGCACACCAGUGACCAAGUCGCAUAUUAAAAAGUUUACGUUCUGCUGUCUGGCCCUCUCGCUCACGUUGUGCUUCGUGGUCUUCUGGAGCCCGCAUGUCUCUGAGAAGAUCCUGGUGGAUGUCAUCGGCGUGGACCACCCCUUCGCUAUGCUCUGUGUGGUGCCCCUUCGCAUUUUCUCCUUCUUCCCGCUUCCAGUGACGGUUCGGGCGCACCUGACGGGCUGGCUGAUGACACUGAAGAAGACGUUUGUUUUGGCGCCCAGCUCGGUUCUACGCAUCAUCGUGCUCAUCACCAGCUUGGUGGUGCUGCCUUACAUGGGGGUUCACGGGGCCUCGUUGGGGGUGGGCUCCCUCCUGGCCGGCUUCAUCGGCGAGUCCACAAUGGUCGCCAUAGCAGCCUGCUAUGUUUACCGACAACAGCGUCACAGCGAGCUGUCCAACGAGCUGGUGGUGGAGGCCGAGGACUCGGCGCCUAUGAGCGAGGUGCGCUCGCCGACGGACGCCGUCGAGGAGCUGCGCGAGGACGACGAAGCGCAGGAGUGAGCUGGUGGACUUUUUUUUUUUUUUUGGUUUGUUUUUCUUUUUCUUCCCGUGGGGGAGACGAGAGAAGGACGGCGGAAGUCUCCCCGCGGACGGCGCCCUCCCUACCUGCGUGUCGACGCACACUGUAAACAAAGCCAUCCGAGCGUUGAUCUAACGAGUGUACAUAGCGUCGUGGCUUUCUUGGUUUUUACUCGUCAGCAAACAAAGACGAAAGACUAGGGGACAAAAUCCACACGUGGUGGAACUUUGGAACUUUUUGAUGGGUUGUGCAAUUGUAUCAGACAUCACACCAUCUUUUCUAAAGUGGAGUUUUGACGGCACCGAGGGAUCGGGAAUCCCUCUUCACCAUUCUCUUCCUCCUCAUCACAUCACGCAUUUACUUUGACGGAGUCUCAUCUUCAUGUGCUGUAUAUACUGUACAGACAUUCUUAUUUGGCAAAUAAAUUGCUUUAUUAUGAA